UUGGCCCAAUAUCCCAGAGUUGUGGCUGGUUUGCCAAUCUGUUUUCCCAGCAUGGGAAACUUCUUGUGCUGUGAAGUCGAGGAGAACAAGGAGGCUUAGGUAGAGGUGCUUACCGAAGCAGGUCGCGGUCCAGAGUUGAUGCCUCCCAUCGAUACAGAUAUCGGGCAUUUGUUCCUUGGAUUUCCAGAGAUCCACCGACCAACGCCAGCAGACGAAUGUCAAAUUGUCGAGGUGUUGGCUCAAAGUUACAUCCCAGCACUGUACCAGCAGCAUCAGCAGCAGUACCAGCAGUACCAGCAGUACCAGCAUCCAUACAGAGAGGUUCAUCAUGAACCUCGGCGUAUGGAUGCUGGUCAGCCCAUGCGGGGGGGUAAAGAGGCCACCGGUUUUCAUGGUGUGCCAAUACAGACUAGCCAGGUGCAAGCGGAUGAACAUGAGGAGUAGUGGGCUGCCAAGUUGAAGAAAUUGAUCUUCAAGAACUCCUCAGCUUCACGCAGAGAUUCGGCAAAUGGAGCUGCAAGCAGAGAUUGAGACAUGCAGGAGCAACGAGAGGAUCGACGAGCUGCUCCGCAGAGGUCCCUAGCAGCCUUGGCAGCCCUGGCACUACACCAAAACCAUCGCACAGCGCCGAAGACCCGCAACUUGUGGAUGGGGGGAGGGGCGAAAAAA